AUGGCUCUACCACAUCUUGUAAAUGUGAUUGGGUUAAUGUUCCUGUGUAGAACUACAUUAAUAUACUCCUCCUCAUCUUUGUCUUCUCCACCCUUUGGUUUGAAACUGGGCUCAUCUCUCUCAGUGGAGAAAAAGGGGGACUUCUUGAUCUCACCAAAUGGCUUUUACACUGCCGGAUUUUACAGGGUAGGCGAGAAUGCUUAUUGCUUUUCAAUAUGGUUCGCGAAAGCUUUAUCAGACCGAAAUCGUACUCUAGUAUGGAUGGCCAACCGAGAUUUACCAGUCAACGGGAAGUUCUCAAAACUUUCGUUGCUGAAAACUGGAAAUCUUGUCUUAAGGGAUGCAUAUCAACGGUUGCCUAUAUGGACGACAACUACUCGAGAUUCAACGAAAUCUGCUCAGCUGAAAAUGAACGAUUCAGGAAACCUUUGCCUACAAAAUAAACUUGGAAAAGUUCUGUGGCAAAGUUUUGACUCCCCAACAGAUACCCUUCUUCCCAAUCAACCACUCACGAAAGAUGCACCACUUGUGUCUUCAAGAAGCCUAACCAAUUACUCAUCAGGAUACUACAAGUUGUUCUUUGACAGUGAUAAUGUGGUUCGACUUGUAUACAGUGACCCUAAAUUGACAGGCAUCUAUUGGCCUAGUCCCGACGUACGAGCAUGGGAAUCUGGUCGGAAUAUCUAUGGAAGUCGAAGAAUUGCAACAAUGGAUUCUUCUGGUCAUUUCAUUUCAACUGAUGAUCUAUUAUUCAAUACAUCAGACGCUGGAGAUCAGCCUUUAAGAAGGUUGACGUUGGAUGUUGAUGGUAACUUCCGAGCCUACAGUCUGGAUGAGAUCACAGGAAUUUGGCAUGUUACAUGGCAAGCUCUUUCUAACACAUGCUAUAUCCAUGGAAGUUGUGGAGAAAAUAGUACAUGUUCCAACGACCCUGUCUAUGGUAGGAAAUGUUCAUGCCUACCAAAUCACAGGAUGAUCAAUCAUACAGAUUGGUCAUAUGGUUGUGAACCCGAAUUUAAGCCAACUUUAUGUGGUAAUGGUGAGGAUCAAUUCCUACAUCUUCCUCAUUUUGACUUCUAUGGAUAUGAUCGUAGAUACAUGCCUAAUACAACCUUAGAAGAGUGUAAGCAAGUUUGCAGAAAUAUGUGCGAUUGCAAAGGGUUCCAGUUCAAGAACGACUGGAGGAAAGGGUUUUCUAUUUGUUACCCAAAGUUCCUGUUGGUGAAUGGAUUAAGCUCAUCUGAUUUUAAUGGUUCCAUGUAUCUAAAGGUUCCAAAAGAUAUUCCCUUAUCUUCCAAAAACAUUAAGGUCGGUGAAGAGUUCAGUUUAAAAUGUUCCUGGAAGCCUGCAAUCCAACUAGACCGAACUUAUGACAUUAAUCGGCAAAAUAAAUCCAUACAGUUACUGAUGCUGAUAAUAACAAGUGUAUUUGGAGCAUUGGAGAUUAUCUGCAUAACAUACUUCUGUUAUGGAACUCGUUCACAUUCAACUACUGAAGGUUAUCUCCAAGCUGCGAGUGGAUUUAGGAGAUUCAGCUAUGCCGAGUUAAAGAAAGCCUCAGGAAAUUUCAGCAACGAUAUAGGGAGAGGAGGGAGGAGCCCAACAGGCGCCAAUCAGAGUGGGGGAUCAGAAGGAAGGCUAGAUAGCUGGGUGAGAGAAAAGAUCAUUGCCACUAGUGGACCGAAUGACCGGGUCGAAGAAAUUAUAAACUCAACAAUUGAAGGGGAGUACAACAAGAAGAGAAUGGAAAUUCUCAUUAAGGUGGCUUUACAAUGUUGUGAGGAAGAUAAGGAUGCAAGACCAACCAUGAGCCAGGUUGUGGAUAUGCUGAUGCACGUGGAAGAACAUCAUUAA